UGAUUGUGGCUGCUGUUCUGUAACGAUGGCCGACAACUGGGCCCGGAGCAAGGUGGUGGACUCAGAGAUUUAUCUCUCGGGUCGUGAAAGGCGGGCUGAUGGCGACAUUUUCGGACGUCAGCAUGGGGAUGCACAAAAGCUAUUCCCAACCUACACCCACGCAGCUCCUGCCACGGUGGGUGAGGUCACUGUGAACGGCAAAGUUCUGCAAUUGUGGAAUUUCUCCCAACUAGAGACCUUGAACCAGUCUGCAUUGCGCAAGCGCGCCUUGGCUAUCCGCGAUGUGGUUGGAGAGGCGAAUUGUCCAUCUCUGCCUUCUGGUCGGACGGAUGACCUGACCCGCUGGAUUUUGCGGAUGCAGGAGUCCCUCACCAACCAAAAGGCGGAGAAGGGUCGCUCUGGAGGUUAUGGCACUGGACACUUUGUUCCCAAGACCUUCGCGCAAGAAACCCAGGAGAUGGAGAAGAUGGAGUUGCAGCGACAGCAAAAUGUGGCGACCGAAGAGCCAUUGAGCCAGAAGUCUUCCCCCAGGAAGGACAACUACAAAGACCUCAAAAUGCAACAGAACGAGUUCAAGGAGGAUCCGAAGCUGGGCAUCCAAACGGGUCGCCCAGGUGGUGAAGGGAAAAAGCAUAUAUUUCCAAAACAAAACAUGGUUGACGGGAUCUCCACAGCUGCCGACUACCGGGCAACAGAAGGCCGCAGGUACAUCCCAACUGUUGAUAGCUUGAUGGAGCAGAAGAAGGAGAAUGAGGCUCGCGAGCGAGCACUCAUGGAGAAAGGAUGUGAUGGGCCAGCUCCUGUGAACAGGCCAUCCAAUCACAUCAGCGAAGAUCACAUGGCAUACUUUGGAUGCCCCAAUGCUGACGAGCCACCCGUUGGGGGUGACCGACGGCGACACGCCAACAUUCCAAAGGGCCAUUUCGUCAACCUGGGGCACUGGGAAUCGACAGAGGCUGUUCACGGGAAGAAGCAUUUGGACAACUUCCAGAACAAGACAAAGCUGGAGAACAAUACUGGUCGACAUGACAAGUAUGAGUCCUCCUGGCGGAAGAAUCCGCACAAGCUGUUGGGCAGCAGCAUGUUGGUCUGAAACGCUUCGCGGGCCCAAGACAGAGGUCUCGUCCAAGGUGAACAUUCACCAGUGCUGUGUUUGUUUCACAAAAUUGUUUUUUUUUCUGGUUGUGCGAUGUUUGUCUUGGCUGGACUUCAUGGUUUCCAUUGGUUUCCCAAAAAACGGUGUGCUUUGGAAAAAAGAUGAAAAAAGCAUGCCCGGUGAGGCACAAGGCCUCAAUAUAUUUAGCAAAUCCCCAAGCAACCCCCCUUGGGAUGAUGGAUGAUGGGUUGCUCGAUGUUGCUCGGGGGUUGAACGAACGAUCAACGCCUUACAAAAGAGAGCCUGAGCAUGUCUACGCACGCCGUGUCCCAGGCCAAUCCAGUAGACUUGGUGCCAGGCAAAUGACACUUGCGCGACGAAUCGGUCGAGAAAAGGCAUA